AUGAACCUCUCUAGUAAUGAUGAGACCGAGCGGACUCGGAUUGAUGUCGAGCUGAAGGCAGACGAGGAGGCUGCCAAGCUGCCGUCGCAUAAACUGCAGGACGAUGUGGUCGACUGGGACGGCCCAGAUGACCCUAAAAACCCCCUCAACUGGCCUGCCACCAAGGGCUUUGGUCAUGUCGUGAUUGUGGCCAUCUUGUCCAUGGUCGUCAACAUCGCCUCAACCAUGGUCGCUCCGGCAAUGGAGGGCGUCGCCAGGGACCUGGAGAUCACCAAUAUGACAUUGGCAACCUUCGCCGUCAGUAUUUAUCUGCUAGGGUUUGCAUUGGGUCCCCUCGUCAUCUCCUCGCUCUCUGAGAUGUACGGGCGCCUUGUCGUCUAUCACAUUUCCAAUACUCUCUUCGUCAUUUUUGUUGUCGCCUGCGCCGUGAGUCAAACUCCCGCUCAAUUUCUGGUCUUCCGGUUUCUAUCUGGCUGCGCGGGAGCGGCGCCACUUUCCCUGGGCGGUGGAACGAUCGCCGAUGUCAUCCCGAUCGAGAAACGCGGUGCGGCAGCAGCCUUGUUUGGUCUGGGCCCGCUUCUGGGACCGGUUCUAGGACCGGUGAUUGGGGGCUUCGUUGCCGAAGGGAAGGAUUGGCGGUGGACCUUCUGGGUGGUCGCGAUCCUCGGAGGAGCAGCGGGUAUCGGAACGCUCAUCUUCAUGCGCGAAACACAUCCUAACACCCUAUUGGAACGGAAGGCCGCAUACUUGCGACGCACAACCGGGAACCUUCACCUCCGAUCAAAACUCGAUCGCGGUCUUACAAAGCAGCAGAUCAUUGUCGCUGCACUCGUACGCCCCACCAAACUCUUGAUCUUUUCGCCGAUCGUGCUUGUCAUGUCCAUCUACGUGGCUCUCAUAUUCGGACUUCUAUAUCUCCUUUUUGCCACCUUUAGCAUGGUCUUUGAAGGUCAGUACGGAUUCAGCGCCGGCAUUUCUGGUCUGGCCUACCUCGGCCUAGGUAUUGGCGAACUCGUGGGGCUAGUUACAUUUGGCAUACUAAGCGACCGGAUCUUGAAGAGCAAAAUGGCAGUAGACAAUGUUCAGGAACCUAAGCCCGAGUACCGGCUGGUCCUGAUGAUGUGGUUCCCGCCAGUCAUUGGUCCUGGGUUGUUCAUUUACGGCUGGACGGCAUAUCACCAGGUGCAUUGGAUGGCUCCGAUAUUUGGAACGUUCAUCGUUGGGUUUGGAGCCUUCUUCGUGAUCAUGCCCUCCCAGCUGUAUCUGGUCGAUCUAUUCGGGUCAGAAGCGGCGGCAUCUGCGCUAGGGGCCAACAUUCUCCUUCGCUCAAUGUUCGGGGCCUUCUUGCCGCUUGCCGGGUCGCAUAUGUAUUCGGCACUCAACUACGGGUGGGGUAAUACGCUGCUAGGGUUUCUGGCGCUGGCAUUUGCGCCAGUGCCGAUUCUGUUUUACCGUUACGGAGAAUGGCUCCGGAGUCGGACGACAGUCACGCUGUGA